AUGACGCGGUACAAUCUCAUCAACUUUUGUCUAAAAGAGAAGCCCCUAAAGUGUGCUGGAAUUCAAAGGCUCCUUGGUAUCUAUACCAUGUCUGAGAAGUACUGGUACACGACUUUAGAGGAUGUCCCCGUCAAAAUGAAACAGCUUAUCUCUGAGCAACUCAAAGAUGCUCAAGGAGUCGUUGCCCGAAAAGAACACAAUGCUAGUCAAGUGUUGACUUGGAGAGGGAAUCAUGUGCUGCAACAGAGAAAUUGUAUCGAAAAAUUCAACUGA